CUCAUAGGGCCCUGAGUCCACUAGCUUUUAUAUACUAGGUGCACUUGAGUCAAGCUAGAGAAGAGCUCUAGAUCUGCCACUACUGCCUGCUACAAGGAGUUUGCAUUAAACUGCAGGACAACUUCAGACUUGAGUAGGAGGGAAAACCGUGCACUUUUAUGCCUUUUUACUUUUUAAACAACAACGGAUUAAAAUUCAUCUUUUUGAUCUGUUUCCCCCAAUUCCUCUUCUGAAUUACACCAGGACUUUAAAAGCAUGGCAGAGCAGAAGAGGCAGGUGUCUCUGACCCAGGCUGUGACCCUGGCGCUGGUUCUGCUCACUUCGGCCGCUUCGGCAGAGGAGUACGACUACUACAGCUGGCAAUCGGACAAUUUCCACAACGGCCGCUUCUAUGCCAAGCAGCCACAGUGUGUGGAUAUUCCAGCCGACCUGCGGCUCUGCUACAACGUGGGCUACAAAAAGAUGCGCCUGCCAAACCUACUGGACCAUGAGACCAUGCCUGAGGUCAAGCAGCAGGCAGGCAGCUGGGUGCCCCUUCUGGCAAAGCGAUGCCACGCUGACACGCAGGUGUUCCUCUGCUCCCUUUUUGCGCCGGUGUGCCUAGACCGGCCCAUCUACCCCUGCCGGUCUCUGUGCGAGGCGGUGCGGGACAGCUGCGCCCCGGUCAUGGAGACCUACGGCUUUCCCUGGCCGGAGAUGCUACAGUGCGAGAAGUUUCCCAUCGACAACGAUCUGUGCAUUCCAAUGCAGUUCUCCGCGGGUCACGCCACUCAGACUCCAGCUUCAAAAGCAUGUCCACCCUGUGACAACGAGUUGAAAGCCGACACCAUAAUGGAACACUACUGCGCCAGUGAUUUUGCACUCAAGAUGAAGAUUAAAGAGGUGAAAAAAGAAAAAAGCGACCGCAAGCUCAUCGCAGCACAAAAGAAAAAGAAGGUCCUGAAGAUGGGAAUAUUAAGGAAGAAAGACCUAAAGAAGCUCACGCUAUACAUCAAGAACGGCGCAAACUGUCCCUGCUCACAACUGGACAAUCUCGGGAGCAACUUUCUCAUCAUGGGCCGCAAAGUGGACCAACAGUUACUGCUCAUGUCCAUCCACAAGUGGGACAAAAAGAGCAAGGAGCUCAAGUUUGCCAUUAAAUACAUGAAGUCUCAACAGUGUCCCACCUAUCACACGGUCUUCCAGUGACCAAUGACUCUUCUGUCUAUAGCGGGCGCUGCGUCUUCCAAUAACUCUUUCAGAGACCGCAUCCAUGCCUAAUUCCGACAGUUAGUACAGAUGUAUCUCAUUACUCAAGAAAUGGCUUUUGGAAACUGCUUAGGACUUAAUUCAUCAUCAAGUACAGCUACAUUUUGUUGGCAACUGUAUCUCUACAUAAAAUUUAUUGUUUAUGCAGCAAUCAGCACAGUUAUGAUGCUCAUACAUAUUUUAGUGAAACUUUCCUGGUUCCCUCAUUCAGAGCACAAUCUAUGAGACUUUUUGGAAAGACACUGACAACCCUUUCAAUCAAUGUGACAGAAAGAAAAUUGUGAACAAGAGCUUUAAAGAGUAAGCACAUAUUUGAUUUCAAUGGCCAGAUCCCACUUAAACAAACAUAGUGCCAACUGUUUUUUUUAUUUGUAUCUUUUAUAUUGUAGAUAAGGAAUAAAAAGGUUUUAUUAUAUACUGCGAAGAUACAGUCGUGAUCAUUAGCGCCAGGAUGAGACACGACUACAGUUGUGGCUUGAAUCAUAGGAGGUAAGGAAGCUGAAGGAUUGUGAAGUGUUGGUCAGGACGGCGGCCCAAAUACUUUAACCGCAACCCUGUGAGCAAGUCCGGACCAUUUCUCUCAUCAACAUAUCAGCCAAGCUUAUGACAGACUCUGGACUCAUUCAAGCAGUUUGGUUGGUGAGGUGUUUGGUCCUUCUCAUGUUUUCUAUACAGUAUGCAAGAUUAUUUUUUACUAAAAUUAUUAUAUAUUGCUACAAAUAUACAUACAUGGUGUGGAAAAAGCCUUCCAACAUGACAUCUGAGUUCACUGUAAUAAAAAUUAAAAUCUAACUCUGCAAGUUCUGUUUAAUCAGAGAUCAGGAACCUUUUUAACAAUAUUAUCUUAUGUUGUCAGUUACACUUGCACUUCUCAAACCUCUGAAUUUCUUUGUGGAACACAAAUAGCAAAAUUUACAGCCCUAUGUUUUGGCCUUUAGGAGACUUUAAAAAUAGGAUAACAUUUGUAUGACUUUUAGAAUCAUUUUUUGGAGUUCAAAAACAUAUACCACAUUCACUUUCAUUGCAUGGAACAGAGCAUCUACAAAACAUUCUCUAACGAUGACAAAAUUUUUCUUUUUGGCUGACCUAACCCUAUAAGGCAAAACACUAUUCAUUUAAAAUAAUGACACCGCACAACAUAAAUACAUACCAAAACCACAAAUGGAGAUGCAAUGACCUAAGCAGGGUCUAAAACAGGGAAUGUUUAUCAGAUAGCUGAAUCACCAAAAUCAGAUCAAGACUGGCACUACAGAACACACGAUUCCUCUUGCCAGCAGCUGCUCUUAAAGCCAACAAAUCUAAGUGCCAACCUGUUUAAACAAGACAGAGCAAAUGACCAAUUCAAUGCCAAUUUCUGCAAAAGUGAACAAGGGGAAAAAAGCAAUGAAAAAAGCAGUAGAAUUUAUCUGAGAUCAACGAGCAAAUGCCUUCUCCAGCCUCCAGCGGAUACUGGCAUUGUGCAUCACGGAUAAGCAACCCCUCAUUACUGGCCUAUUGUCUGUGGGGAUCUGCCAGCUCAUGCCACCCCCACCGCUCACAUUCAAACACUCUCCACACAGCUUACAUCACACCAAAAACAACACCACGGGCUGAUCUGGGCUUCCUCACAUGCUCUACAGAGUCCCAGUUCUGUCUCAAACAUCAGCUGAUCACUAGAGGUGUUACAGACACAGUCAUGCUGUCCAAAUACAGGAUGUGCUCCACCAUGCAACUCAAAAACUGCUCUUUGCACUGCUCUUACUAUCUUUAAUCAGGGUUCCCACCUUUUUUUUUUGGCCAAUAAAUUUGACAUAUUUAGGCAACUGGCAUCUAGUCUUAUAUAUAUGGUAUACCUUUAGUUUGGCUACAUAUGAUAACAGCACCACCUGUUUUAAAACAUUUAAAAAUACUUAGUUGGCAUGAAAUAUUUUUAAAUGCAUGGUAUAGAUGUUAUUGUGAACAAAUCGGCCAUGCAUAUAUAUUUUUUUAAAUGUUAUGACCUUGUAAUGUUUAAUCAGAAUGUCAUAACUGAACAGAUUUCUCUCUGGUGAAGUAUGCAGGACUUUUCCAAUCAUUUGUGACCCACAAAACCAAGGAGAAUGCAUAUAUUUGUAGCAAUAGCCAAAACACAUUGUAUGGGUCAAAAUUAUUGAUUUUUUUUUUAUGCCAAAAAAUCAUUAGGUUAUUAAGUAAAGCUCAUGUUCCAUAAAGAUAUUUUGUAAAUUUCCUACCGAAAAUAUAUCAAAACUUGAUUUUUGAGUAGUAAUAUGCAUUCCUUAGAACUUCAUUUGGACAACUUUGGACAACGAUUUUCUCAAUAUUUUGAUUUUUGUGUACCCUCAGAUUCCAGAUUUUCAAAUAAUUGUAUCUUGGCCAAAUAUUGUCAUAUCCUAACAAACCAAAAAUCAGUGGAAAGCUUAUUUAUUUAUGUAUAAAUCUCAAUUUCAAAAUAUUGACUGUUAUGACUGGUUUUGUGGUCCAGGGUACAUGUAUUCCACUUGAAUUCUGCUCCUGCAAGCUCAUGUUCACCUGACUUUGAGUGCAAUGCUGAUAGUUCACCCAAAAAAUGAAAAUUCUGUCAUUAAUUACUUACCCUCAUGUCAUUCCAAACCCUUAGAAUCUUCAUUUGAAACAUUAACCAAGAUAUUUUUUAUGAAAUCCGAGAGCUUUCUGACCCUGCAUAGACAGCAAUGUAACUACCAUGUUCAAGGUCCAGAAAGGUAGUAAUGACAUCGUUAAAACAGUCCAUGUGACAUCAGUCGUUCAACCAUAAUUUUAGUAAGCUACAAAAAUACUUUUUGUGCGCAAAGAAAACAAAAAUAACGACUUUAUUCAACAAUUUCUUCUCUUCUGUGUCAGUCUUCAAUGUGCCUUCAGAAGAUCAUGAGACCAUGCAUCGAGGUACUCUUAAUUUUAAGAUAGAAUUAAAUUUUUAGAAUGUUUUAAAACAAGUUUUUGCCAAAUAAAUUCUGAAAACCGGCUGCACACACCACUGAAUCAGAUUCUACAACCUACGUACAAAUUUGAAAGUAAUGGAGACGUGCUCAAUUAGACUGCAAAGAAAGAGAGGAAAGAUCCAGUGAGACGUGAACAUGAGAUAACAGUGUAGGAGAGAGAGACAGGACACCAGAAGAGAAAGAGUCUUCUCAUAGAAGCUUAUCAGACGGACAGUCCUGGCCCCUCACUCUCAUCCUUCUGUCAGCAUCACCGCAAAGGUCACUUACCGUAAUUAAAAAAGGCCUGACGGCAGCAGACAGGAGGAACAGGGCUCCGCUUUGUGUCAGAUGACCGAUGAUAUAAACAGCCCACCACACCAGCAAUCAAAAGAUAAUUUAGACCCUCUGUCAGCUUCUGUGUCAUACUGAUUUCCCUGAAAGGUUAAUAUCACCGGGAAUGCAGGGCCCAGCCAAGAGCGGCCCCCAAACCCUCACUCUCUCUGGUUUUAUCUCACCCCAGUAAUCUCGGAUCCAUCAGCAGGGAUGGAGAAUGGCGCCUUUGUGUUGUUCAAUUGCUGCUACUGUGCUUGCAGGCACGUUGUUGAUUAAAAACUGGCUGAGAGAUCAGCAGACCCUCCAGUGUCUUUGCGGACAUGGCGGGGUGUUUUUAUCGAACCUGUUGCGACACUUUUUUUGGGUACUUCAGAGCAAAAGCUAGUGUUUUAAUCACUAACCAUCUGCAGUCUUUCUGAAACCAGGCACUGGCAUUAAAAGUACAUCUGAAUCUGACAAUUGUUUAUUAUGUUGGUUAUUGUACACAUUUUGACUGUUUGAAAAUGAAAGGUCCGGUAAGUCAUACUAAAUGGUUAAUGCAAUCAUAUUUGAAAGUAUCGUACCACCUUCACUAAAAUCUACUGUAAACAUAACCGAUAAUGCAAAAAAGCAUAUGUGAGACUAAAAACACAGUUUCUGGAGCAAUCGAGCCUUUGAGCUCUUUAAUAAUGACUUGAGUUUCACAGGACUUAACCAAGUGCUUUCCAUCGCAA